AUGUGUUUUCUGGAAAUCGAAACCAGACUAGGUUUAUGAAGCAUUUCCUGGGACCAGGCUGAGAAGAACCACAUGGUGGAGCCUCUCAGCCCAACAGUCUGCAGAAAGCUUCCGAGGGCAGCCAGCAGGGAGGCCCUAGGACCACCUUCAGCAGCUGCCCGGGAGUCCCUGUCUCUUGCUUCCAGGGCUGGGCUUCUAGGCCAGGCAAUGGCUCUCCUCUGGCUCCUCUCUGUGUGGUUGCUGGUUCCAGGGACUCAAGGUGCAGAAGAUGGGGACAUGCGUCUGGUUAACGGAGCCUCGGCCAGUGAGGGCCGCGUGGAGAUCUUCUACAGAGGCCAGUGGGGGACGGUGUGCGACAACCUCUGGAGCCUGUUAGAUGCCAACGUCGUCUGUCGGGCCCUGGGCUACGAGAACGCCACUCAGGCACUGGGCAGAGCUGCCUUCGGGCCAGGAAAGGGACCCAUCAUGCUGGACGAGGUGGAGUGUACAGGGACAGAGUCCUCGCUGGCCAACUGCAGCUCCCUGGGCUGGCUGAAGAGCCGCUGUGGGCAUGAGAAGGAUGCAGGCGUGGUCUGCUCCAACGAAACCAGGCGUGUCCAUGUCCUGGACCUCUCUGGAGAGCUCCCUGACGCGAUGGUCCAGAUCUUUGACAGCCAGCAGGGCUGUGACCUGUUCAUCCAGGUGACAGGGCAGGGGCAUAGGGAUCUGAACCUCUGUGCCCACAAGCUGAUCUUGAACACCAACCCUGAGGCCCAGGCCCUGUGGCAAACAGUGGGCAGCAGCGUCAUCAUGAGAGUGGACGAGGAAUGCAUGCCUGUGGUCAAAGACUUCCUCAGGUACUUUUACUCCCGAAGAAUCGAGGUUACCAUGUCUUCUGUCAAGUGCUUGCACAAGCUAGCCUCAGCCUUUCAGGCCACACAGCUUCAAGACUACUGCGGACGGCUCUUUGCCACCCUCCUCCCCCAGGAUCCCACUUUCCACACCACCCUGGACCUCUAUGAGUAUGCACAGGACACCAAGGACUCUGUGCUGGAAGAUCUGUGCGUGCAGUUCCUGGCCUGGAACUUCGAGCCUCUGACACAGGCUGAGGCCUGGCUAAGUGUCCCUACCACCUUGCUCCAGGCUCUCCUCUCCAAGAGCGAGCUGGCCGUGUCGAGCGAGCUGGACUUGCUGAAGGCGGUGGAUCAAUGGAGCACAGAGAGUGGCGCCUCCCACGCGGAGGUAGAGCACCUGCUGGAACAGGUCCGCUUCCCUAUGAUGCUGCCCGAGCAGCUGUUUGAGCUGCAGUUCAACCUGAGCCUGUACCAGGGUCACCAGGCACUGUUCCAAAGGAAGACCAUGGAGGCCCUGGAGUUCCACACCGUGCCUUUCCCAGUGCUGGCCAAGUACAGAGGCCUGAACCUCACGGACGACACCUACAUGCCCCGGCUCUACACCUCCUCAACCUGGAGUACCUUGGUGACGGCCCGUUCCUCCAGAUCGCAGGGAGUGCAAGUGUACAGCUACGAUCAGUUCUACUCGUAUAACUAUGGCUCAAGACGCCGGUAUGACCCCUACCAGUCCUUCCUGACCCCACAGCACCCCAGCUUCCUCUUCAAGGACAAGCUGAUCUCCUGGUCAGCCACCUACCUCCCCACCAUGCAGAGCUGCUGGAAUUACGGCUUCUCUUGCACCUCUGACGAGCUCCCUGUGCUGGGCCUCACCAAGUCCGGCUACUCCGAUCCUACUAUUGGCUACGAAAACAAAGCGCUGAUGGUCUGCGGAGGGUCCAGUGUGGUGGAUGUCACCAAUUUUGAAGGCUCUAAGGCUCCUAUCCCCAGUGCCCUGGAUACCAAUAGUUCCAAGAUUUCCUCCGUCUUUCCCUGCACCUCAGGGGCCUUCAGCAGCUUCCGUGUGGUCGUCCGCCCCUUCUACCUGACUAACUCCACUGACCUGGACUAGACGGUCCAUCUCUGUGGUGGGGACCAGACACCCAUGUGUCCCCUCCCUGGCCUCCUCCUUUGCAGCUGCUUCCAGCAGCCUGCCACCAGAUUUCCCCAGCUUCCACUGUCUCCACGAGCUUUGUAUUUCACUAGGUUUCAGACAUCACUCACUCCACUGUUGAGAGUCCCCAGGGCUCCCAUUGCAGGCACACGCAGGUUCUGUGAAGUCCUGUGGGAUUUCCAAUGCCCACUGCAGAGCUCUGUCUGUCACGGUCACUAAUCUGAAAUCAUUAAAGUCACAUGUACUUCUCACGA